GCAACGCCGCUCAGUAGCAGUACGAGCAUCAUUUCGGCCUUGACGUGACUGCUGGUGAUCGCUUGGCGAACUUCACUACGUCGAGACGACCGCGCGUUUGUCGGCAGGAGCAAUCUGGAUCUGCUUUUCAUAUAUAUGUUGUCAUCACAGCAGAGAAAUAUCACAAAUGUGCGAAACAACACCAGCUUAUCGUAUCCCGCGCGUCUGUUGAUAUGAGGCACAGCCGCGCGGACGGUACGCACGUAUGUUGCGCGAUUGAUCUGGCUCUGGAAACCAGACGAUCUUCGAGGAAACCUGGAUCACCUGAUAAGGGACACCUGGUCGUCACAAUCCCGGUCUUCUCCUUCUCCACCACUCAUGCAUCAUGACUGCCUCAGAUCUCGAGAGUGACACAAUCAAGGCAGGCCAGCGCGACUUUAUCGAGCAGCUCUUCAAAACCAGGAUCUCAGGCGUCAAGAUCCAGGGCAUCAACACACUUCCCCGCUGCAACAACAACUACAUCCAUAUCAUAACCUUCGAGGCGCCUCUAAUCUCCGAUGUGAACGUUUCCACGGAUCCAGGCACCUGUGCCAUCUCGUCUGGACUCACCAAAGCCGUCUUCCGCAUCGGAAAUCUUAAGGGUAUGUUCAAUCACGCCGUCAAGGUCGAGAAUACAGUUGCGACGAUGCAGCUCGUACGCCAGGCCCUCUCCAAACAGCAUCUCGACAUCGUACCUAGAGUAUACGCUUGGAGCAAGACGGGUGGUCCAUCAGGCAAUGGCUGGAUCAUGGAAGAAUUCAAGCUAGGUGCCAACAUUGAGCCUGAAUUCCACGGCAGUCUGUCUGCCGACUUCCAACGUGUUGUACUGCGUCAGGUAGCCAAGGUGCUCAAGGCGGUGCAGGAUUUCGAGCUACCGAGUGCGGCUGCUCGUUUUGGUGGGCUCGCAUUCGACAGAGCCAAUGACGGCAGUGUUGUCAGCGGACCGUUCGUGAUAGAGCCGUACACUGAUUCCUUCUCGAAUAUGAAGAGCUUCUAUCAGGGAAUGUUGCAAGCGCAAUUGGCAGACACGGACAAGACGGUAGCUAAGGGAUGGCGCGAGGAUGGUUUAAGAGAACGCCUCGAUGCGUUUGCGGAAGGGGGUCUAGACGCGAUCCUCUCGCAGACCCUGGCUGUGGAUACAAGGCCAAAUUUGAUCAUUGGCGACAUCGCAAACUUCCUCUUUGAUCCCGACACUUACCAAGUUCUCGGUCUGGUUGACUACGAUUGCAGCCACACAGGUCAUCCUCUUCAUGAGUUCUUCUUCUCUUCCUUCUCUUUGUCCUACUACGCUCUUACACCCGACCCUGAGGUUGCCUCAGCACUCUUUCACGGCUUCCCCACCCCGCUCCCGCCUUCUACGCGCGUAGCCACAGCAGAGUACAGCGAUGACGAUGCACCGCAAUGGCCUGUCAUGAAGAUCUUCGAGGAAGAGCUAGAGCGCGCAGGAGCAAUCAGGCCCAGUGCUGUUGCUAGCGGAGAAGAUAUCGCCAGCGUAUAUGGUUUCAUAUCGAAAAUCGCUACUCAGGAUCUGGUCUGGCCAGCGAUCUGGCAGAUCGAUUUGGUAGACCAGUUCAGCGAUCUAUCCAGUACCAACUCUGUCGAUGAGCGUGACCUCGUUCCCGUCACGGUCGCGCUUGACAGACUCCAUCUUUCGGUGUACGUAGACACGGGUGAGCGCAAAACGCUGGAGACGAUCGAAGAAGAACCAACUCAUUGUCUUACGGUGAAGGGAUAUCUCGCCCAGAGAUUCUAA